UUGGCAACCCUUAUAUCAUGUGACAACCAUUGACAGCCGAAAAAAGAAAAGGGAAAAUGAUAACAUUGGGAAAAGAUAUAUCCAAUAGUCAAUACCGCAUUUUGGAUCAUCGUGUUUUUGUGAAUGGAGAAAUUGAAAGUUUUCUCACAAAUUUCGAAACACAACGCAACGAUUCAGAAGUGGAAUCAUUAUUCAAAGUCACCGAGACGGUGGGUGCACUAAAAUACGAGCUAUCGGAUAAAUGUAUUAAUUUGGGAGCGGCACAUUUGGGUAAUAUUACAGCACAGCUGAAGGACCUAUUGGGAGAGGUGGAAAAUUUAGUUGAGGAUUUGCAAAAACCAAAGGUGCCAAGUCCCGAAAUAUUGGAAUCCCAGGCACAGCGCAGCAAACGCAAAGAAGAUUUCGAUUUGGAAUUGAAACACAACUACCAAAGAGUGGAAAAUUCUUUCGCUGUCAAAGAAGAGGAGAUAUCGGAAUUAUAUUCCGAUUUGCAGUUGAAACUUAAAUUGAAGUGA